ACUCAUCUUACUCGCAACCCACUAUAUAAAUACCAUUCCUCACAACUCAUAAUUCACAAUUCACAACUUACAAUCAACUCUCUUUCUUUCUUACUUACUUACUUACUUACACUAAAUCUAGUUAGAUAAAGUUGUAAAUGGCUUUGGAGGCUCUGAAUUCUCCUACCCCAUUCCCCUACGAACAAGAGGAGGUUGACCUUGAGAGCGUUGAGCCAUGGACCAAGAGGAAGCGCUCAAAACGAUCCCGUUUCGAGAUCCCAUCAAAUCCAACAGAGGAAGAGUACCUGGCUCUCUGCCUCAUCAUGCUCGCCCACAGCGGCAACAACAACACUUCUCCGCACCUGAAUAUUCAUCACGACACACAAACACAAACACAACCACAGCCACAACCUAUCACUAAGCAGACUCAUAGAUGCACCGUUUGCAACAAAGCCUUUCAAUCUUACCAAGCACUCGGAGGCCACAAGGCCAGCCACCGCAAGUCCUCGUCGACCGAAGCCUCCAACUCUACUUCUACCGCCGCCGCCUCCGCCGCCGGAAGGAUGCACGAGUGCUCCAUUUGUCACAAGGCUUUCCCGACGGGUCAGGCUCUGGGCGGCCACAAGCGAUGCCACUAUGAAGGCGGCAACAACACCUCCUCUGAGGCUACCGCCUCCACCCACAGCCACCGUCCUUUUGACUUGAAUUUGCCGGCAACCCUCACCGACUUCUGGGUCGGCGGCGGUGAACAAGAGGUGGAAGGCCCUUUGCCGGAAACAGCCAAGAAGCCGCGUUUGUCUUUGGGUGUAGCUUCCUCAGAGUCCCACAGAAUUCGUUGAAUUUGCGCUGCAGUGAAUCAUUCACGCACAGAUUCAAACGACUUAGUAUUCAUUUGUUUGUUUUGUUUUUUUGUUUUGGGUUCAUGGGUUGUGGCAAAAUCGGAGGAUCGAUUGAAAACUCGGAUUUUGUAAAUUGCUUAAUUCUUUCGUUACUCUGUACAUACAAAAUUGGCCAUUACCUUUCUACUCUAUCUCUCUGUCAUGAAUUAGAGUAGAUUUAAAUUUUUUAUUUUUUAACUUGUUGACGUCACAAUGUUAUUUUAUAACAGAAUAUAU